CGCUGCAAGCUUUUGUCCGGAAGAAAUCAUCAAAUGGCUCGGAGUCGGCCACACCUCCAGGAGCCACUCUCACCACACGAACCACAGACCCUCUCGCAUGGCACGAUCCAAGAGCCAGAAAAAAUCCAAAAUGGCUUCGCUUCUUCUUCUCCAAGCAAUCCCAAGUCCGAAAACGUACCAAUUUCUCGACGUGGUCGAGCUUCCUUUUAGUCCCCAGUGCACCUCGCGUACAUACAGAAGAUCCCAUGUCUUCUUCUUGGGCCGUGCUCCCUUCCGCAAGAACCGGCUUCGUGAACCCGGGUCGCCAGAGAUCGUUGCUGCCCUCGAGAGUUCACGAGCAAAGAGGCAGAUGUCACUUGGGUAGGAGGAGCUUCACGUUCAGAGGAAUCGUGGCGUCGGGGGUUACGAUGGCAGGGUCGUCCCUAUUGACUGAACCCGCCAAAGGAGCUGAUAGGUUACCUUUUAAGCCGGAAGGGUACAACUACUGGACAUGGCGAGGUCGUAAAAUACAUUACGUGGUGCAGGGGGAGGGGUUUCCGGUUGUUCUGAUUCAUGGGUUUGGUGCGUCAGCAUAUCAUUGGAGGUAUAACAUUCCUGAAUUAGCUAAAAGCUACAAAGUCUAUGCUCUAGACUUACUGGGAUUUGGUUGGAGUGAGAAAGCACUGGUUGAAUACGAUGCAAUGAUAUGGAAGGAUCAAGUUGUUGAUUUCCUGAAGGAGAUAGUGAGGGGGCCUGCAGUUCUUGUUGGCAACAGCCUUGGAGGAUUCACUGCUUUGGUAUCUGCUGGGGAAUUGUCUGAGCAAGUCGCUGGAGUAGUACUGCUCAACUCUGCAGGACAGUUUGGAGACCCUAGUGCUAAAGCCAAGAAUUCUGAAGAAAGUCUCUUGCAGAAGGUUGUCGUGAAGCCACUGAAGGAGAUUUUUCAGCGGAUAUUCCUUGGGUUUUUGUUCUGGCAAGCAAAGCAACCAGCUCGUAUCCAAUCUGUCUUGAAGAGUGUUUACAUAGAUUCCUCAAAUGUAGAUGACUAUCUUGUCGAGUCUAUAACUAUGCCGGCAGCAGACCCGAAUGCUGGAGAAGUUUACUACAGAUUAAUGUCACGGUUCAUGAUGAAUCAGACCAGAUAUACCCUGGACAGUAUCUUGAGCAAACUCUCGUGCCCGCUGCUGUUAAUUUGGGGUGAUCUAGACCCAUGGGUCGGUCCUGCCAAGGCCAUUCGUAUCAAGGAGUUCUACCCGAACACAUCCUUAGUCAACCUUCAGGCGGGCCACUGCCCUCACGAUGAAGUCCCGGAACUUGUCAACAAGGCAUUACUCAAUUGGUUGCCAACCAUAGCUCCAAAGACCUCCCUUCCGGAUUUGUAAAUACAGAUAUUAAUUUUUUCCUGCCAGCGCCACUGGCCCUGCUUCAUAUCUGAGGAUUCAGCUACUACAGUGUAAAUUCCAUUUAAAGGCAUUAAUAAAAGUUUUGGCAGGUUAGGUUGGGAGCUCC